CCGAUACCAAAAAUGGCGUCGUGAUUUCCCAGUUGUUCAGAAAAAAAUGAAGCAUAUUGUGCCCCCGAAUAGAAACGAGUGAAAUGUGAGAAUAAUUAGCGGAAGAGCGAAGAGCCCAAGGCAUGCAAAAAAGCCUAACCCAGGAAGGAAUUUACACCGAAGUCUUGGGAACCGGACAUGGCAGCUGCGGCAACGGCAGCACUUGCAACAUCCAGCGGGAAUGCGACUGGUGCACCUGCUCCAUCGCCUGCGACUGCCCCUAGUGGAGGAGGGGGCGCGGCAGGUGGUGGAGUAGCAGGUGCCCAGUUCCGGGAAAUUCACAAGAAUGCGUGGCUAAAGCGACUGACAGCGGAUGGCAAACGUUUCACAGUGGGUCCCAAGAAAUCCGAAUGCAGCUGGGUAGUUUUCUGCGUGCACGACGACACGGAAGCUCUGCUGGAGGGAUAUGCGGAACCUCGUCAAGCAGCUGGACAUCUGCCCGAGUGGGCCGUUUCUCUGCGAGAUACCCUCCACAUAUCCCACUCCCUCAUCCCCAAUUCCCAUGAGUUCGAGUUUGUGGUUACGCUCAGCCAUGAGGUGUUGCGGUUCCAUGCCGUCUCUUGGGAGAUUAUGCAAGAAUGGGUGGAAACACUGCGCUCCAAGCUGCGCGAAAUGAAGAUUCUGUCGCCGCGCGAAAACCUCUACACGAAGCUACCUGAAGUGCGCGCACCGUUGCUGCCCACAAGGGAUCCCACAUCGCCACUACCACCACCUCCUCCUGUUCCAGCAGCUCUAGUUCCUGGCGUAGAGCGCGUGGUGGCCCCCAGUCAUCAGGCUCAACCUGUCUCUACCACGACAGCUGCUCCUGCCCCUGCGCCAGCUGCCAUGUCCAACACAUUGUCGCAGCACCUCCUCAACAUGCUCUCCGACCCCAUUAGCACUUACAGCGAGCAAAUUAGUGAGUCAGCAGAGCCGUCUGCUGCUCAUGAGGCUGCAGCAGAAGGUACAGGAGUACCGGAGGAGCCACCGUCCAAUAGCGAUGCUGAAAUUAACCUCUCAGACGACGAAUACCUUUCGCCACUGUUGCGCAGGGCUUGUGUGCUCACUGAGAAUGGAGUCCGCGUCGAUGUCGUAGCCGCUACUGCACAGCGCGCUUCUGCCGAUCAAAUCCUGAAUUUGGAACACAUGCUGCAAUGCGAACGUCUGAUUCCCAGACCACAAACAUCACGAUCAAUGUCCGCGGGCGCUGCCGACAAAUCCAAGAGACCGCCACGGAAACCCCUCCACUCCCAAUCGUCCAGCACCGCUGCGGCUGCCGCUAACAGCGAGGAUUCUCAGGACAACAUCACAAUCAUUCAAGUCUCUAACAUCAGUAACAACGGCCAGGAACAACCGCCAGAACUUCCGCCCAAGAACGCCAUCACAGCCGAGGUGUUUCGUUUUCCAGAGGUGAAGAACAAGUCCCACAUAAAUGCCAAGCAGCUGUCCCAUCAUGAAUAUAAAAGCAACGUACAAAUCAUUCCGUCCAAUGCCAGUAGCAGUACUAGUACCAUUCAAGUCCUGGGAAAACAGUCCAGCAGCAGUAAUCCAUAUACAACGCCCGUCAAGCAAAGCUCUUCCAGUAGCCCCAGUCCACAGGUUGCUGGCACUACCAAAGUAAAGGUGCUGGGUGAUGGCGAGGCAACCACCACAGUGGCUGUCUAUGGCACUUGCUAUCCACCUCUCGGUGGCAAUGCCACAACCUCCUCUGCAGCCUCUUCCUCUGUUAAUCCUACCAAGCCGCAGACGCCGAGAUUAAGUAAGAAGAUAAUACUCAGUGCCAACACCUCGGGCAUUACGAAUAUUAGCGUAAAUAAUGAACAGAGCAGUGACUCCAUUAUCAGUGGUAAUGUGCACUACGAGAAGGUUUUCCUCUCCUCCAGCAUUCCAAUUACCAACAGAAACAGUCCAACAAGAGCAGCUACCACUAAUACCACCCAAUCGGUGGUCAAUGGAAGUCCAGCUCUACCACGCCGUCGAUUGGCUUCGCCGGCAACAACGCAACCAGUUACCCCCAGUGCACCACCACGGGCGGCACCUCAAUUAACUCGAGGACUAACCGAAUUGGUGAUCAGUUCGCGACCCAGCAGAAGAGAUUUUCACUACCUAAAGCUACUGAACACUCCACUAAAAACUAAGACAUCAAAUAAAUCAACGAGCGCAGCGAAUAACAACAUCGAACAGCAGCCUCAUCAGUCCACGCCUUCCAGCUCUACCAGUACUCAAGUAACGCCAGCGCAACGAAAUAACACCUCGAAUAUAACAGGUGACAGUCAGGAGCAGCGCCGGCGCAGCUCUUCCACCUCCGAUGCUCAAGCGCCGCUUCAAAGAGUCCCACAGCCCGGAACGCAAAGAAACGCUAACAACAACGAGUUUACGCCAUCACGAAAUGGAGCCUUUCGCAUGCAACCACCGCCACAGGGAGCACCGCCGUCCAGCACAAAUCACACUCAGCAGUCGCCCAAUAAGCGAUUGACACUGCGGGAGCAACAGGUGAUGCAACUGCGAAGGGAGAUAAUGCAUCCGGGUGGAGUACGUCUGAAUCUAAGGCGCAAAGAUUGCGUUGGUUCAAUCGCAUGGGUCGAUGCCUUCGGUGGCGUUUGGAUUGCUGGUUGGAAGCAAAAGGAGCACCCGGUGCUGUACAAUGCCCUUCACAUUGGCGAUCAGCUACUCUCCAUAGCAGGCGUGAGCAUUAGCAGUGCUGCGGAGGCCAAUAAAAUAAUAAGGAACACCAAUACGCUAUUUGUUGAGGUCUUGUUGCGUCGUAUUCCUUUUGGCCGGGCAUAUGCCAUUCGCCGAGAUCGAGAGGGUCAGUGCUUGGGACUGAUUCGAGAUGGAAACACUUCGACAAUAGUGGAUGUGGUGCCAAACAGUUUGGCUGCACGGCAUGGUCUUCCACCUAAGACGCAAUCGUGCGAUGGCAGUUCACUCACCUUCUGGAUGCUAACCGAGAUCAAUGGUCGUUCACUGAAUCUGUUCUUCAAGGAUCUUGAGAUACGCGAUCGCCUGAACUCUGUUGGCCGGGACAUAUCCAUUUUGGUGCAACCGUCGGAUUUGAUAACCAAGCUGAAAAAGCAGCUAAAGUCCCUGCGAAGCUACAAGGAUUACUUAGUACAGUAGUCACAAGCAAUACCGAUCGAUUCCAUAUAACCACACAUAACUCGUAACUGUAAUAAGCAGCUAUAAGCGAAUCAAUUUCGCAUAGCUCUGGGCCAGUAAUCAUUCCAUUUUCGUGUUUACGUCAAUGAACGGAGCCACUAUAUAGUCAACUAGAACUGGUAGAAUCAUUUUGCUAUAUUACGUACUACACAUUACACUUACUAUGAACGAAACUACUUAAAGGACUUAGGUGUAGCGUUGAAGGAUCAUAUACAAAACAAAAAAAAAACCUAUAUAUUUUUGCAACAUUUUAUAUAAACUCAUACAUAUAUAUACAAAAUUGAACAUAUAUAUAUAUAGAUAUAUAUACACUAUAUGUAAAGCUGACACUUUAAAGGGUUACCAAAUUUACACCUCGAAUUUGUUUAGAUGCGGAAAAGUUAUGAAAAAUUUACAACAUGAAAUUCAAGUAUUUUAGGUUAACAUAUAUACACACGUAUCAAACACACACCUGUGCAACUUAGUAUCCUUAUGCAAUAUUGGAGUGCCUCUGAUUUUGUUCAUUGAUGUUGUUUUCUUUCAUGUUUCCAUUUGUUUCGUGCGAAAAGACAAAAGCAUCUGUCGUAACUUUUAAGAUGUGAUAAAAAUGAGUACUCAAAUUUAGGCAAUUUUUAACCAAGUACAUUUGUAAAUGCUUUUUGAUUUAUUUUAUAUAUAAGUUUCAGUGGGUAAUUAUUGAUAAAACAAUAUUAUUACUUAUGUAACGAACUUGAGAAACAUUCAUUAAAGCAAUUCCACACAAUCA